GGAACAACCACAGGACUACAGGCAUUUGUAUGUAACUAUUUCUCUUCAGUAGCAGUACAGCAGGGAUAUAAAAAAAAAACCAUGAAAAGCCAAUUAAUAGGAUUAUUUAUGAACUUCUGGAUUUCUUUUUCACUUGCUUUGUAUUUUCACAUUGGAGAAAGAGAAGAGAAAUGUAUAAUUGAAGAUCUUCCCAGCGACACGUUGGUAUUUGGGAAUUACAAAGUACAACGCUGGGAUAUACAUAAACACCAUUUUCUUGAAUCUGCUCCUGGUUUGGGAAUGUAUGUGACUGUCUCAACUCCUUCUGGUGAGGUACUAUUGUCAAAACUGUAUGGGCCACAAGGAACAUUUUCUUUUACAUCCUAUCUCUCUGGGGAGCAUGUAAUCUGUUUCCAGUCAAACUCGACAAGACUUCUGGCAAUUGCAGGAAGUAAACUGCGUAUGCAUUUGGACAUUAGAGUUGGAGAGCAUUUUUUUGAUGAAUCUGCUGUUCAAGCCAAAGAAACAGUGGAUGAAGUUCAUAUCAGACUAGAACAUCUAAUUGAGCAAAUUCACCAUGUAUCCAAAGAACAAGACUAUGAAAGAGAACGUGAAGAAAAAUUUCGAAAGACAAGUGAGGAAACCAACAGCAAUAUUUUGUGGUGGGCUAUACUACAAACACUGAUCCUCGUCUCCGUUGGAAUCUGGCAAAUCAAAUCUCUCAGAGAUUUCUUCAUAGCUAAGAAGCUUGUUUAAAUUCUAUUAAGUAAAUGCACAGAUUCAGAAAUUGCACAUCAUGUAACACUGAACACCAUAAGAAACCUUGCAACUAAAAGAAAAUUGGUUGCAUAGAACUCUCGAGCUUCUCUCAUCUUCUACUCUGAUUCUAACUCUGGUUUCUCCAUCUGUCUCACAACCUUUUAUACCCCCUUACAUUUUAUUCCUUUAAUCCAAUUUUUUAUUAGGUUUUUUCCUCCUAUACAGAUGUAAAGCUAAAUCUAGAAGAAAGAUUCAGUGACUAAGGCAGCAUUUAAGUCCAGCUCAGGAUCGUUACAUCUAAAAUAGAAAUCUAAAAAAAAAAGUUUCCUAGGAUUUAAAAUUUCUCUACUUGCUUAGUGAUGUUACUUGGUACUACCAGAAAGAGUUCAGCACUUCAGACUGACCAUGAUUCAGACAGUAGGCAGAGAAAUAACCCAUAUCCCCUGUGGUGAUUAA